UCUCACGUCGCUACAGCGUAGUCCCCACUCACUCACUUUGCAUCAUCGACACCUGAAGAAUGACUGCCAGCGCCAACACGCGCUCGUCGCAGGAUGAGUAUCCUCCGCGGGCUAACCUACGAAAGAUGCUGGACCAGCAGCCCCUGCCAGUAAUUACCCCGGGAACAGUAGAUGUUGAUGCUAUGGUCGGUGAUGAGCCGACCAAGCAGGCAACCGCUGUGUUGAGCGCAUUCAACGCCGCUCUGGCCGCCAACAAUGCUGCCGCGUUAGAGGAUUGUUUCCUUGCGAGCCAAGCGUACUGGAAAGAUCAGCUGGCACUGACCUACCACAUGCGUACCUUUUACACACCUAGUGUCAUCGCUGCUAGCUUCUUGGAGACCAAGUCACUUCGAGGCAUCUCUGGAGAGCUUAAGCUGCAGGGCCCGGUCGGGUUCCUCCCGGCUACUCCGACUCUCCAAUUUAUUGACUUUGGCUUUGUGUUCACGACUACUUCUCCCGCUGCCUCUUGCAGCGGGAGGAUGUUGCUCCUGCCCACCAAGACUACCGAAAACGGCAAUGAGCUUCUGCAGUGGAAAAUCUGGAUCUUGAGCACCAAGCUCGACAACCUGGACCUCCACGCAGAGGAUGAGGGCUUGCUCAAGUCUCCUGCCAAAGCGUUGGAGGGACUCGAGACAAUUGAGACAGACGUCUUUAUUCUUGGAGGAGGAAACGCUGCUGUCGCCCUUGCCGCACGCCUCAAGACAUUGGGCGUGGAGAGCGUCAUGGCGGAGCGAAAUCCCAAGGUCGGCGACAACUGGGCUCUCCGCUAUGACUGUAUGAGGUUUCACAUCCCCACGUCGUUCUGUGAGUUGCCUUAUAUGACUUACAACAAAGAGCUUCAAUCUCCACACCUCCUAUCCCGAGACGAACUGGCUGAGCAAGUACGGAAAUAUGUAUCGACGUUCAACCUCAACAUUAUCACCUCGGUGAAGAUCCAAUCGACGACGUAUGAUCAGUCAGCCAAGCAGUGGGUCGUGAAGUUCGAGACACCCGCUGGACAACGUAUGGCUGUUUCAAAGCACCUCGUCCAGGCAACUGGCAUUGGAUCGCAACAGGCUUACCUUCCCCCCAUGGAAGACACUGAACAAUACAAGGGGAUCAGUCUUCACUCUGUGCAAUAUACCAAUGCGAAGAAGUUGACAGAGCAGGGAGCCAAGUCCGUUCUCAUCAUCGGCUCGGCUAAUACAGCAUUUGAUGUUCUCGAGGACUGCCAUGCUGCCGGACUCCAGUCGACAAUGGUUGUUCGGUCACCGACAUAUAUUGUUCCGGUUGAAUAUGUUUGUGACAAGUUCAGCCUGGGGGCCUAUGACUUUGGUGUCGAGGCAGCUGAUAGACUCUUUCUGACCCUGCCGUCAUGUGUGGACAGUCAGUUGGGCCGGGGCCUGUUUGGACUAUUCGCAUCCAAGGAACCAGACCGCUACGCCGCUCUCGCCGCCAAGGGUUUCCCCGUAGUUGACAGCAGCCACCCUGACUCAGUCUUGAUGCACAACCUGCUCGAGCGGGCCGGAGGUCACUAUGUGGAUAUAGGUGGUACUAACCUGCUCACGGAAGGCAAGGCGGACUUCAAGGCUGGUGUUGAGCCCGUCGCGUACACGGCCAUGGGCCUUCGGUUCUCUGACGGUACCACCGCUGAUGCGGAUGCUAUAGUGUGGUGCACAGGAUUCGCCGACAAGGACGUCCGGGACUCAGUGGCCAGCAUGCUUGGGGAUGAGACUGAUACCGGAAAGAGCGUCUUCGGAGAGGCUGAGAAGAACUUGCUCGGCCCUCGCGAUAUCGCAGCCCGCAUCGAUGCUACCUGGGGUAUUGACGAGGAGGGUGAGAUUCGCGGUAUGUGGAAGCGCCAUUUGCGUCUCGACAACUACUGGGUUAUGGGCGGCUACACGCAACAGCACCGGUGGCAUUCUCGAACCUUGGCGCUACAAAUCAAGGCCGCGGUUGAGGGUAUUUUGCCUCCAGCCUACCGAGAUGUCCCGAGGAAGAAGUAAGGAUCUCGGAGCAGCAAGGGCUGCGUGAAAGCUGGUUACAAGAUGUAGUUUAGGGAUAGAUGAAACCAGAAAGACACCACUGUCAUUCUUAUGGCGGCUGCUACUCUUUUGAGUCCGUGGUAAAUGAAAAGUUGCUGUCCUAUG